AAAGUACCAUAACGAUUUUCUGUCAUUCCCACGUGGCACUGUGAUAUUCUUCCUAUUUAUAAUUUAAACAUGAUUUUGGGGAUGAUCGCCUCCUCGAGUUCGGCAUACCUGCUAAACAAAUGACUCGACUUAUAUUAAUUUCUUCGGCAACCUGAACAGGCGUUGUUCGAGAGUUGACAGGUGGUUUGACAUUUGGCCGCGCCACCAUCGUCGCGCUGCCGCUCAACUUUUUCUCUCCGUCUCUCUCACUAAUAGUGUGUACCGUCUCCUUGUAUGCCAUAUUGAGUGUAUGGAAUACACACAGAGGGAUUACGGAGAAUCGUUUUGAGAAUUGCGUACUCGGAGAAUUUGGGAAGGGAGUGACUUUGAUGAGCCUCUGCUAAGAAAAUUGUGAGGCUUGAGCUUAACCACUGCUCAGAUUAAGUGGCUGAUAAUUUAUACCGACACACGAACCCCCGGGGGACACAUUUUGUCGAACGUCCGCCCGUGUGCGCUCGAUUGUAUAUGUGCGUGUAUGUACAUCUGUAGGAGAGAGUAGAUUUUUUUCGACUGCAUAUAGGCACACAGAAAAGGUAUAAGAUGUCGGCAGGACCUUAUAAUUAUUCUUAUAUUUUCAAGUAUAUUAUUAUAGGUGAUAUGGGAGUAGGAAAAUCAUGUUUGCUACAUCAAUUUACAGAAAAAAAGUUUAUGGCUGAUUGUCCUCACACAAUUGGUGUAGAAUUUGGAACUAGAAUCAUUGAAGUUGCUGGACAAAAAAUAAAACUUCAGAUAUGGGAUACAGCUGGACAGGAACGGUUUAGAGCAGUAACAAGGUCUUAUUAUCGUGGAGCAGCUGGAGCUCUCAUGGUUUAUGAUAUAACUCGACGUUCCACUUAUAAUCAUUUAAGUAGUUGGUUGACAGAUACAAGGAAUCUUACAAAUCCAAGCACUGUAAUAUUUUUGAUUGGAAAUAAAAGUGAUUUGGAAGGACAAAGAGAUGUUACUUAUGAAGAAGCAAAAAAGUUUGCUGAGGAAAAUGGACUGAUGUUUGUAGAAGCUAGUGCAAAAACUGGAGACAAUGUUGAAGAAGCUUUUUUGGAAACAGCAAAGAAAAUCUACCAAAGUAUACAAGAUGGCCGUUUGGAUUUAAAUGCAGCAGAAUCAGGAGUACAACAUAAUCCAAGUCAACCCGGUCGCACCAAUUUACAAGGAGUAUUGAGCGUUCAACAAGGAGGAAAAGACUCAUGCUCUUGUUAAGCUAUUAUUUAUCUGUAUAUAGACCCUCUUAUGCGUUAAAUGGGGUUUUGUAUACUGACAAAGAUUUAUGUUUUAUUAACAAUUGUAUUAAAGUUAAUAAUACUUUUGUUGCAUACUUUCCAGAUUUCUUAUUCGUAUUUAAAAGAAAAGGAUUCAAAAUAAUUACAAUAAAUAGUAGAAG